AUGGUGGAUGAUGGCGGUCGGAAACCCAAGCAGGAGAAAUUGAGAAAAAGAGCAGAAAGUAGGAUCACCCAUAAAACUGUGGCCGAAGUCACUUCAGCCACAUUAGCGAAAAUCGCCAAAGUCCACUUCGGCCGAUUUUUCACCGAAGUCAAAACGAGGAAGUGUUCCAGGAGAGAAGAGCUUGAAAUUUCUACAAUCCCUUGCCAAAGCCCUAGGGCCGUCGCCGCGCGGAGGCCGCCGUUGAGCUCCUCUUCUCCGGCGAAGAACUCGAGGAAACCACACCAAUGCCGGCGUUUCUGUGCUGAUGUAGCUCCAACAGACACCAAGCCAAAGAGAUACAAGUACCCAGAAGUCUAUGACCCGUAUGGACCAAGACCUCCUCCAUCUGAGAAGAUCAUUCAACUUGCAGAGAAGAUUGCCACCCUACCACAUGCAGAGUUGAAACAGAUUGGUCCCACUCUCCAAUUAAGGCUCAGGCACCCCAAACUCCAAACUAUGUCAGCCGCAGGUCUUAAUAUGGGGCAACAAACCGGUGCCGCCUCUGGAAAGCCUGAGGAGAAGAAAGCAGAGAAAACUGCAUUCGAUGUCAAGCUGGAAAAGUUUGACGCUGCAGCAAAAAUCAAGGUGAUAAAGGAGGUCAGGGCAUUUACGAAUCUAGGACUGAAGGAAGCUAAGGAUUUGGUAGAGAAAGCACCGAUUGUUUUGAAGCAAGGGCUCACCAAAGAAGAAGCCAAUGACAUAAUUGAGAAAUUAAAAGCAGCUGGUGGUGUUGCUGUAAUGGAGUAGGGAAGAACACGAUGAUGAAUUUUUGUUUUUGUGUGUGUCACAGAUUGAGCUUGAUCUGAGGAACAAAUUUUUGUAUCUUUAAAAUAAUCUUAUCAAAGAAUUCUUUUAAUUGAUGGAUUCAGACACAUUUUUGUAUCCUUGAGAUGUUGGUCCUGUUAAAGAAUGGUUCAUGCAAUUGUUAA